AUGGAAAAGGUCAGUGAACCAGAGCGCCAGGCAUUUGUUAAAUUUGCACGCCACACAGCAGUUGCCACCGAUCGUCUUUGCGGUGCUUUAAUAAAACUUACACAAAGCCUUGAAGAAGCUAAAAUCAUAGAUCCAGAAAGACCAUCAAAGUUAGAACGCGAUAAGAAGUUAACUAAAACUUAUAAAGAUUUUGAUAUUCCAGCCGAGGAAGUUGCCUCCUUAAUGGAGAAAUUAGUUAACAAUCCAGACGCAGAGAAAAUCAUUUCAUCCCUUUAUAGAGAUUACAAGCCAAAGCGCCAAACAAGAUCUGCCCAAAAGGCCGAUGGCGCUAAAGAUAAAGCUGAACAAGAAUAA